CCGAUUUCCUCCCUCCUCUUUUAACAAUCUCAAAUCCCGAACUUUUUUUUUUCCUGUUCUCGAAAUCAGCUGUUUGUUUCGAGGGAAAAUGUCUGUUUCUUCCUUAGUUUCUCCCGAACUCGAAUCCAGUGGGAGACCUUAUUAUUCCCGCAAAGAGAAAUCUCUCGGCCUCUUGUGCUCCAAUUUCUUGACGUUGUACAAUCGAGAUGGCGUUGAUGCGAUUGGACUUGAUGAUGCUGCCAGUAAAUUAGGAGUUGAGCGUCGCAGAAUAUAUGAUGUGGUGAAUAUAUUGGAGAGUAUUGGAGUUGUUGCAAGAAGAGGGAAGAACAAAUACACAUGGAAGGGCAUUGGAGAAAUUCCGAGGGCCUUAAAGGAGCUAAGGGAAGAGGGACUGAGAGAGAACUUCAGUAUUUUAGUUCCUGCCAACUCCUCAAGGUUCUUGGAUGACAAUGGAAGUGGAGAGUCUAUGAAUGUGAAAAGUGAUGUGCCAGACAAUUCUUCGGGCUCAAUGAAAGCAGAUAACAAAAGGGAAAAAUCCCUAUUGAUUCUCACGCAGAACUUUAUCAAGCUUUUCCUUUGCUCAGACGUUAAUAUGAUCACACUGGACAGUGCUGCUAUUGCCCUUUUGGGUGAUUCCAACAAUUCAACAGCUAUGAGAACAAAAAUUAGACGAUUGUAUGACAUCGCUAAUGUUUUCUCUUCUAUGAAUCUGAUUGAGAAGAUCCAUCAUCCAGAGAGCAGAAAACCUGCAUUUAGGUGGUUAGGAUGGGAAGGAAAACGUUAUAGUGGAUCAGCCACAGCCUUGGGUUUGAAUGAAACAAAGAAGAGGGUGUUUGGAUCUGACAUUACCAACAACAGUUUAAAGAGAAAUAAGGUGGAUUACCCAGGUGACUGGAUUUCAGAUCAGAAGGAGAAUAUGAGUAUGCAUAGUAACCAUGACAUUUCAGACAAUAACCAUAAUAUGCAUAAACUCAAACAGCAUUCAAAACACAGUUCCAAGGAUUUUGUAUUCGGCCCCUUUACUCCUGCAAACAUAAAAGGUGAUUCCGGAAAUAAGAAUGUGAGAGGGCUUCAGGACUGGGAGAACUUAGCUUCUAGUUAUAAACCUCAGUAUCGCAAUCAAGCUCUCGGUGACCUCUUUGGCCAUUACGUAGAGGCAUGGAAGUCAUGGUAUGCUGAAGUUGAAGGAAAAGAACAAACACAACAAGGAUCCUAACUAUCCUGUGUCUUUUCAAACUCAAAAUGACUACGGAAUACAAUUUUUUUUCUAACAGGUAUAUGUCUAGAAGUAGAAUGUAGUUUCUUGAUUGAACCAAUUUCUUUGAUCAUCAUAGUUGCCAUGAAUGCAGCAAUUCCCUCGGCAAAGCUUCUAGCUUUCCCCACACCCCAAAUAAUUUCUUGGCCUAUUUCUGUGUUAUAUCAUUGAUGGAAAAAAGAAGAGAAUCGCUAUGAAGUUGGACUUUUUCUUUUUUUUUUUUUCCGUUUUUCUUUUUCUUUUUAGAGUGUUAGCAAAUUGUAUAAGAUUUAUAUGUGAGACUUAUCUAUGAGAUAAAUCACCUUGUUUAGA